AUCCAGGAAAUGCUUGUGGCCCCGCCUCCAAUCUCGGAAGUGCGCGCGGCCCCGUCCCCGAAAGUCGGCUGGGCUCCGCUCCAAUCCCGGAAGUGCGCGCGGCCCCGCCCCCGCCGGUUAGCGUCUCUCUGCUGCGGCGAGGGGACCGCUGUGCUCUCGGUAGGCGGCUGGGCUGGGUGGGCUCCGCACUUCCUUCUCGCUCCGUGCCGCGCGUCCCGGCACCCUUGGGCCCACUCCGGGAGGAGUCUGCGUCCUGGGCCCGCCUGCCGGCUGUUCCGUGUGCCGCCGUGCCCGUCGCGGGCGGCUUCGCGCCUGUUCCGCUGCAGGUUGGCCCCGGCGGCGGGAGCGCCCUCGAUCCCGACAAAGAAACGAGCGCUCGGUGCGACCAGCGGCGCCGGCGGCUUUGCCAGCGCGCGUGUGCUUGUGUCCGCGAGUGUGCGUGUGUGUGUGCAUUUGGAUGUGGAAUGCCGGGUGUUUGGGGAGCAAUGCGGUAACUGAGGCCUGGGAGGGAGCCCAGUCAUAUACCAGCAUCUAGGAUUGGUUUGUGUGAUUUGAACCCACUAUUUUUUUUUUUUUUGAGACACGGUCUCAGUCUGUCACCCAGGCUGGAGUGCAGUGGCACCAUCUCUGCUCACUGCAGCCUCCACCUCUCGGCCUCAGGUGAUCCUCCCAGCUCAGCCUCCUGAAUAGCUAGGACCACAGGCGUACACCACCAUACCGGGCUGUUUUACAUAUUUUCUGUGGAGACGGGGUUUCACCACGUUGCCCUGGCUGGUCUUGAACUCCGCGACUCAAGCAAUCCGCACGCCUCGGCCUCCCAAAGUGCUGAGAUUACAGGCAUGAGCCACCGCGCCCAGCCUGAACCCCCUAUUUAAUGUCAGAAAUUUGAUUUGACUUCACAGGGAAAGCCCUGAGAAACUACCAGAACAGGGGCCCUCGGGCCAGUGUUGGGAGCAUACGGUGAAGUGGCAGGGCUGCUGCACCAGUGCGGAACUCCCCUGUGGAAGAUUAGCCCCUUUGGUGACUCGUCGGUUCUGGCCGCUGUGGGACCUUCCACUGUGCAGUCUGAACUUUCAGCAGGUGGAGGAGGGCAGAGACCUGAGAGUGUUGGUCCAUGCCAGUGCGAGAGCCAGUACAGCCGGAAGCCAUGAUGGGACUUUCAAUUCCUUUCUUGGUGGAGGCCAGCGCAGGGGAGAGGGGGUGCCCGUAGGUGCUAGAAGCUUAAAGACUGCUGGGGGCUAGUGGCCGCCUCAGGACAUAAGGUUUCCAGAUAGGACGGGGCAGGUGGUGAUGCAGCUGUAGCUGGUGAGUCUGAGCGGGAAACAGCCCCCGCGCAGUCGGUGUCACUGUGAAGGGAAAAGGGCCUUCCUUACACAGGAAACGGGGUCUCUGGGGGAUCCAGUGACGUUUCCGACCACAGAGACCAGGUGAGACUGGCUGAUGGUGUCUGGGGCUGCAGGUGACUUAGUUGGGGGCUUGCUCUUGGCCUCCAGACUGGGCCUGAUGGCGUGGGCGCCUGCCUGUGUGCAGGCCCAAGGGUUCAGCUGCCUCUGUCUGUCCCCAGACCGCUCCUCCUGUAGAGAGUGGUGCUGCCAUCUCGGGAUGUACCUGCAGGUAGAGACCCGCACCAGCUCCCGCCUCCAUCUGAAGAGGGCUCCAGGCAUCCGGUCCUGGUCCCUGCUGGUUGGAAUCUUGUCGAUUGGCCUGGCUGCUGCCUACUACAGCGGAGAUAGCCUGGGCUGGAAGCUCUUCUACGUCACAGGCUGCCUGUUUGUGGCUGUGCAGAACUUGGAGGACUGGGAGGAAGCCGUCUUUGACAAGAGCACAGGGAAGGUUGUUUUGAAGACGUUCAGCCUCUACAAGAAGCUGCUGACUCUUUUCAGAGCUGGCCACGACCAGGUGGUGGUCCUGCUGCAUGAUGUCCGUGACGUGAGCGUGGAGGAGGAGAAGGUCCGGUACUUCGGGAAGGGCUACAUGGUGGUGCUCCGGCUCGCAACGGGCUUCUCCCACCCCCUCACGCAGAGUGCGGUCAUGGGCCACCGCAGUGAUGUGGAAGCCAUCGCCAAGCUCAUCACCAGCUUCCUGGAGCUGCACUGCCUUGAGAGCCCCACAGAGCUGUCUCAGAGCAGCGACAGUGAGGCCGGCGACCCUGGGAGCCAGAGCUGACAGCCCCACUGUACCUGAUCCCGUGCACCGCCCACAGGACCCAUGGCACAUUCCCGGUGUGCCUGAGCCCGUGCACCGCCCACAGGACCCGUGGCACAUUCCCGGUGUGCCUGAUCCUGUGCACUGCCCACAGAACCCAUGACCUUGGCUUCAGUCGGUGCCUCCAGCCGAGUUGGCCUAUUGCCUGCUCAUGCUGCUGCUUGCACACUGCAUGAAACAGCAGGCCAGAUCAGGACACCCAGACUUUCUCCAUCGUGAGGCCUGGGCCUGCCUUUCUGCAGCCGGAGGUCUCGCCAGCCCUGGACUCCUGCUGUGGGCCACAGCAAGACCUCGGGCAAGUGGAGAGGCGGGGCCAGGCCAGGCCCUUGUGGGUGCUGAUGCUGUGUGUUGUCCCCGACACAGCAGCCUCUUCCUGGUGGACAUCCCCAGCAGUCAGGUGCUUCCCCAAGGGCAGUGAGGUGUGAACAUCCGGGGCCUACCUGGCUGUGCACGCUGCAGCCACACUGGAAGCUGCCCCUCCCCGAGGACCCGCCUCCCUUGCUGAUGCCAGGAUCUCGGCGCAUAGACCGCUCUGCCCCAGUGGUCGUCACAGAAAGGUCUCUCUGUUCGUCACACUCAGCCUCAGCAUAAGCUGUGAGGCCAGAAAAAAGGUCAGCUCUUCUAGUAUCGUGCAGCGCUUAGAAACCGGGAGCUCCAGCCGGGUGCAGUGGUUCAUGCCAGUAAUCCCAGCACUUUCGGAGGCCGAGGCGGGAGGAUUGCUUGAGGCCAGGAGUUCAAGACCAGCCUGGGUAACACAGCAAGAUCCUGUCUUUGCAAAAAAAUUGACCAAACAAGAAAAACUGGGAGAUUUUCUGCAGAAAUUGAGUUCCAGCCUCUCUCGAACCUGGGAAGACCUGGCAGGAGGGGGCUGGGCUCUCGGCUACAGACUUCUCCCCACCCCGUAGGAGCUGAAUGCCAACCAUCCUGACGUGCCAGUGCUCUUGGUCUCCCAAGUGCACCCAGGUCCUCCCAGGUGCAGUGUGCACCAAACACGCCUGGCCUUAUGCCCUGGCCUGUGAGCUGGGGACUCCUGGGCCCUGUGAGCCCCUAGGCGGCAGGCCUAGGAAUGGCUGGGUAGGACAGGGAAUGCCUUUGCCCCACGUCUGGCUGUGACCUCGGUGAAAGCCAACAGGAGAGAGAUGGGACCCUCCUCCUCAGUAGUGGCUGCCAGUCCCUCGUUGCAGGACAUGGUCAUCAUAACCAUAAAUAACCCUUCGCGUGUCA